UCAACGCAGCACCGUCACACAGCACCCUGAGCACCGCUACACAGCAGCACGCUGCACCGCCCACACCACCGCCACUCACCCCGGAGCGAAGACGUUUCAGUGGAGGAACAUGCCGGCGCUGCCAGGGUCUCAGUGACUCUCCGCCCGAUACACAGGCUGCUCCGCGGGCUGCUCACCCUGACCCUCCGGCAGGACCAGGGACAAUUUAACAUUUAAACACAUAUUUUAUUGGGCGUGCAUGCCAGGAGUAUUUCUUCACAAACACACCCAGCUCCAUGCUCAACACAAAGCUUUCCAACAAUUAUUAUGAGAAGGCCCUGUUGGAUUCUGGGUAGCAGCCAUGGGCAGCAAGACCCUGCCAGCCCCGGUCCCCCUGCACCCGUCGCUCCAGCUGGCCAACUACGCCCUCCUGCAGAGCUCCACGGGCCUGCAGCUGCCGGCCGAACACUUCCAGAGCCUCUACAGCUUCAGCGCCCUCCACGCCAUCCAGCUGCACCAGUGGACCCUGGGCUACCCCCACCUCACCCUGCCCCGCUGCACAGUCUCCAAGCUGCCUGCCCACUUCUCCUCCAUGGCCUCCUUCCCCCUGUUCCCCCACCUGCUGGAGCCCAAGCACGACUCAGCGGGUCUGUUUCAGAGCUCCAAGAACAAACCCCGCUUUGACUUUGCCAACCUGGCGGCCGCAGCCACCCAGGAGGACCCCCUGAAGGCGGAGGACCUGAGCAUGGGGGGAGGCGCCGCUCAGGCUUCAUCUCUCCACCAGACCUCCGCCGGCCUCCACCUGGACCUGACCAAGCUCUCCUCCCCCGAGCGCAAGUCCAGCCGAGGCCGCCUGCCGUCCAAGACCAAGAAAGAGUUUGUGUGCAAGUUCUGUGGUCGCCACUUUACCAAAUCCUACAACCUCCUUAUCCACGAGAGGACGCACACAGACGAGAGGCCGUACACCUGUGACAUCUGCCACAAGGCCUUCAGAAGACAGGACCACCUCCGGGACCACAGGUACAUUCAUUCCAAAGAAAAGCCCUUCAAGUGUCAGGAGUGCGGGAAGGGCUUCUGCCAGUCCAGGACGCUGGCGGUCCACAAAACACUACACAUGCAGGUCAAGGAACUGAAGCCAGCCAAGAUCAAAUGAGUCACUCUGCCAGCAGGGGAGGACGAGGACACUGGAAAAACACGACCAAAGACAACAAACAGUCAAAGAGGCAGAGCGCUCUGCUUCCGUGGGAAUACUCCUCAAGGAUGAAAUAUUUCACCAGCCAAUUCUGAAAGGAAUAAAACAGAAAUAAGCCUUAGCAGAGAAGUGUAUACUUAGUUAUCAAAGCCUGACUUGGCAACGGAUGUGUGGAAUGUUAAGCGAAACACGACCUUGCGGUUGCUCAGUGCAAAUACUAAGCUUGUAAUCCAAAGACUUUAAAGGUACACAACUCUUGUAAUUUUUUUACAAACUGAGAAUGAUCAAAGCCAUGUUAACAUAUUUUCUCCUUUCAAUAUCACAUCCCAAUGUUAUUUUUGUAUAGAUGCAUUAUAUCAAAACUGUAUUUUUGCACUUUAACCUGAUUAUUGAUUAUUUUCAUAUAUCACUGGAUUUCUUAAACUUAUUUUCAA